AUGGCGCUCAGAAUUGUUGUGAGUUUUGUCAAGUCGAAUGCGCUGCGGCAAGCGGCAAGGCUCCUUUCGACCCACACGAGGCCGGAAAUAUUCCAAAAUGGCGGCAGCGCGUCUGAUUUUCCCGGAGCCAGGGCUCCCUACGUGACGGAGAUGAAGUUUUUGAACGAGAACAGCUACGACCCCAUACCCAUCUACCGGGUCAUGGACAACAACGGUGAAAUUAUCGAUGGCACGCAAGAGCCAAACAUCGAUAAGGACACCUUACUCGGCAUGUACAAGACCAUGAUUCAACUCAGCCAGAUGGACAAGAUAUUGUACGAAUCGCAGAGGCAGGGCCGCGUGUCGUUCUACAUGACCAACUAUGGCGAGGAAGGCAUCCACGUGGGUAGCGCGGCGGCCCUUUCUCCGAGGGACUUGGUCUUCGCGCAAUACCGGGAGGUGGGCGUUCUACUGCACCGGGGGAUGACGGUCACCGAGCUGAUCAACCAGUGCUACGGGAACUGCGAGGACCCCGGCAAGGGGAGGCAGAUGCCGGUCCACUACGGCAGCAAGCAAAGGAACAUCGUCACCAUAUCCAGCCCACUAGCCACGCAGAUGCCGCAGGCGGUGGGCGCGGCGUACGCCCUAAAGCGUUUGCCGAAUAAUGACCGCUGCGUCAUCUGCUACUUCGGGGACGGCGCCGCUUCGGAAGGCGACGCCCACGCGGCCUUCAACUUCGCAGCGACCCUCGACUGUCCGGUCAUCAUGUUUUGCAGAAACAACGGGUACGCGAUAUCUACGCCCACCAGCGAACAGUACCGCGGCGAUGGUAUCGCUGCCCGUGGACCUUCCCUGGGCAUCAGCACCGUCCGCGUGGACGGUACCGACGCGCUGGCGGUCUACAACGCAGUCACCAGCGCCAGGCGACUGGCCAUCGCCAACAGACCGGUCCUAAUAGAGGCCAUGUCCUACAGAGUGGGUCACCAUUCGACUUCCGACGACAGCAGUGCGUACCGACCUCUCGAGGAGAUUCAGAAAUGGACGAAGGAAGAGAACCCUAUACAGAAAAUGCGACUCUAUCUCGAACGCAAAGGUUAUUGGGACGCCGAGGCGGACAAGCAAUGCGUUAAAGAAUCGCGGGAAACGGUCGUCAGGACAAUGCAGGAGGCGGAGAAAAAGAAACGGCCGCACUGGAAAGAGAUGAUGGAGGAUGUCUAUUACGAUAUGCCCCAGAGACUACAGAAACAAGUGCGUCAAAUGGAAAAACAUCUAGAAAAAUAUCAGCAGCACUACCCACUCAACCAGUACCAAAACGAU